AUGAACCAGGACGCCUUCCGACAGCUGCUCGCCACUCCAGGCGCAGCGGCGAGCUCAUCCACGGCAAAGCCCCGAGCCUGGGGCGCUCCCCCUCCCAAGCCCAAAGCCUCAUCUGGACCAGUGGGCAAGGCGACCGACUUUGCGCCGCGCAAGAAGGCGGCGCGUAAGCCGAAGAAGGGGCCCGACGGCGAGCUGUACCGCGAUCGGGCCAAGGAGCGCCGACUCGGCAAGGAGGGUGACUUUGCGCAGGCAGAGAAGAUGCUCGAGGACCUCAAAUCUCGCGAGACGUACAGCGAGGAGCAGCUGCAGUACCUCGGCGGCGACGCGCACCACUCGGUCCUCGUCAAAGGUCUCGACCACGCCCUCCUCGCGCGCAAGAAGCACGAGGCCGCGCUCGAGGCCGACGCCGAGCUCGACGACGUCGAGGACGCGCUCGACGAGGCGUUUGACGCGCAGCCGGCCGCGCCGUCGCUGCCGGCGACGGGCGAGGCGCGAGGAGGGUCGUCGGGCGCCCCCGCGGGCAAGGGCAAGAGCCGCAACGAGCUCCUCGCCGAGCUCAAGGCGAUGCGCGGCGGCGCAGAAGGCGGUGCGGCAGUGGUGGACGAGGCGGGCAAGGGCCAGCCCGGUCGGUUCAAGCCCAUCGGCGCCGACCGCAAGGGCAAGGGCAAGGAGGGUGCGGCGGGCCCGGGCGCAGGGUGGAAGAGCGUCGGCGGGGCAGGAGGUGACGCAGGCGGCGAGAAGAAGCGGCGCAAGAAGAAGAAGGUGGCGCCCGGCGGCGACGACUCGGCGGCGACGGCGUCUGCGGCACCACCAGGGCCGGCCGUCCCUCCUCCACCUCCCCCUCAACCCGCCGCUCCGCCUCCGCCACCUCUCGACGACUUUGACGACGACGCCGACAUCUUUGGCGACGUCGGCGAGUACGGCGGGCUCGGCGACGACUCGGACUCGGACGACGAGGCCGGCGCCGCACCUCGACUUCCUCCACCCGCACCGCCCGUCGCCGCCGCCGGCACCGCCGCAUCUACAAGCGCCAAGCGCAAGUACUUUGACGACGACGACGCCGACGACCUCGACCUGUCGACCGCGCCAAGCGCCGUCGCCGACCUCGCGGCCAAGCAGGCGGCCGCCGACGCGGCCGCCGCACUCGCCGGCGACGAGGGCGGCGCGAGCGACGGCGACGGCGAGGGCGCGCACAGCGGUGACGACGAGUCGCUGCGCAAGCCGACGAGGCUGCAGGGCCUGUCGAGCUCCAAGGGCCCGAGCGCGCGCGACUUGCUCGAGAUGGACAAGGAGGCCGAGGCUGAGGACAAGCGCAAGGCGAAAAAGGCCAAGCGGCGCGAGAAGGCCGACGAGCGCGAGCGCACCAUGACGGACGCCGACCGCUCGAAUCGCGACUUUCAGGAGAUGGAUGCCUACCUGAAGAGAAAGGCCGGCGGCGGCAAGGACAAGGACGAGUAGCGCGCGCGCGCGAGCUGUUAUCGAGUUCGGUUCGCCGU